AUGUUAAAUUUAUUUAUUACAUCACCAUUAGAUCAAUUUGAAAUUAGAGUAUUAAUGGGAUUUACAUCUCCAUUAUUAGAUUUCAGUAGUUUAAAUUUCACUACAUUCUCAUUAUAUACAAUUAUUGUAUUAUUUACAGUAUUAGGUUUAAAUUUAUUAACAACUAAUAAUAAUAAAAUUAUUGGUUCAAAAUGAUUUGUAUCACAAGAAGCUAUUUAUGAUACUAUUUUAAAUAUGGUUAAAGGACAAAUUGGUGGUAAAUUAUGAGGAUAUUAUUUCCCAUUAGUUUAUACAUUCUUCUUCUUUAUCUUUGUUAGUAAUUUAAUUAGUAUGAUUCCUUAUUCAUUUGCUUUAUCAGCACAUUUAAUCUUUAUUGUUUCAUUAAGUUCAGUUAUUUGAUUAGGUGCUACAAUUAUUGGUUUAACUAAACAUGGUUUAGUAUUCUUCUCAUUAUUUGUACCAGGUGGUACUCCUUUACCAUUAGUUCCAUUAUUAGUAUUAAUUGAAUUAUUAUCUUAUUUUGCUAGAGCUAUUUCUUUAGGUUUAAGAUUAUCAAGUAAUGUAUUAAGUGGACAUUUAUUAUUAAUUAUUUUAGGAGGAUUAUUAUUUAAUUUAAUGUCAAUGAGUAUUAUUACAUUCGUAUUUGGUUUAAUUCCAGGUGUAGGAUUAUUAGCUAUUGUUGUAUUAGAAUUUGCUAUUUCAGUAAUUCAAGCUUAUGUAUGAUCUAUUUUAACAUCUUCAUACUUAAAAGAUGUUUUAUACUUACAUUAA